UCUAAUAACAAUAACAAGAAAACCAUCCACAGUGUGCUUAGCAUUGCUUUAGAAUAAUUGUCUGUCUGCUAUUUCAUUUACACCCCCCUCUAAACUCUAAGAUUGGCCAUAGUCGUUUUUCUUCAGUGUUGCGCCUCUCCACAGUCCUUUACGGCAGUGGUACUGAUGCGGGAUGAGUCAGGCUAUAUGAUGCUGCUGCUACUGCUGCCAUUUCAUCAGCAGCGAAAACACCAAACACACAGCGACCCCCUCCCCCCUGACAGCGAGCAUCCUGUCCCUAGAAACAGCCACGCGUCUCGGCGUGGAAACACAGACCAGACGCUGGUUCGUGGGUUCUCGUGGCUCCGGUUGAAAGCGUAAGAUCCGUUGUUGUUUUUUUCAUUGCACCUGCUCUGGAUGCGUUUUUUUUCUUUGAGUUCGGGCCUGACAUCAACAAGGAAAUCAGCCCUGACUCCAGCAGGGCCUGCUAUAGCCCACACCAGCGCCUGUGUCCAGGCUUUACAAGACAAACAUCGAGGCUUUGGGAGAGUCCGAUCCACGCAGACUCGGCGGUGCCAUGGAGCCCACAUCAGCCUGGUCCUGAACGCCGCAAACAGCGUAAGAAGAGCAACCAUUCUGGCCUAAACUCCAGUCCAGCUCCAAGCUCACACCUCACCAGACAGACCGAGAGACAGACCGAGAGACAGACCGACCGACCGCCCGCUGAGAGCGACAGACAGGCCCAGCCAAGUCAUGGAGGCGAUCUGGCUCUAUCAGUUCCGGCUGAUCGUCAUCGGGGACUCCACGGUGGGCAAGUCGUGUCUGAUCCGGCGGUUCACGGAGGGACGCUUCGCCCAGGUGUCGGACCCCACCGUGGGCGUGGACUUCUUCUCCCGGCUGGUGGAGAUCGAGCCGGGCAAGCGGAUCAAGCUGCAGAUCUGGGACACCGCGGGCCAGGAGCGUUUCAGGUCCAUCACUAGGGCUUACUACCGUAACUCUGUGGGCGGGCUCCUCCUGUUCGACAUCACCAACCGCCGCUCCUUUCAGAAUGUCCACGAUUGGCUGGAGGAGGCUCGCAGCCACGUCCAGCCCCACAGCAUCGUCUUCCUAUUGGUGGGUCACAAAUGUGACCUGGAGGCACAACGCCAGGUGACCCGCCAGGAAGCGGAGAAGCUGGCAGGGGCGUACGGGAUGCGCUACGUGGAGACGUCGGCGCGUGACGCCAUCAACGUGGAGCACGCCUUCACCGAGCUGACUAGAGACAUCUUCGCCCUGGUGCGGUCUGGCGAUAUCACGAUCCAGGAGGGCUGGGAAGGCGUGAAGAGCGGGUUCGUCCCCAACGUGGUCCACUCCUCGGAGGAAGUGACCAAGAGUGACCGCCGCUGUCUGUGUUGAUGUGGGAAUGAGCUUCGGGACUGAAGGUGAAAAAGGGGGAUGGAUUCAGAAAGGAUUCAGAGGAGAGUGGCUGACGGACUGAGGUGUCAGCCCUCUGAGUGAAACUGUUGAUAAGCCUCUGUUCUUUGUUCAGACUGGCUACAGAUAGGGGAUGUUUAAUGACUUUCAAUGAAGGUGGAAGGCGGAUAGGAACACCUUGCACAUGGGUGGAUAGCUGAAGGUUUUUGCCCAUUUCUGUAUACGUUUUAUUUCCUGGAGAGGAAGGACCACAGAUGCUCAUUUACUCGCGAGGGCUCCCAUGAUUCCAUUCCUUCAGUUUGGGUUUGAGCUUCUUGCUUGAAAAUCCCUCCCCGAACGUCUUAGAAAGGCCUUAGAAAGAGGAUCCUUUUUUUCUUCUUCAUCAAAAUAUGAUAAAACUCUAGACUAAUCUUUUUUUUAUCUUAUCUCUUCCUUCACCUGGCCUCCCACUACUUCUUAAUCUUUUCCUCUCUUCCAAUAUGCAGUUACAUGAUCACAUACCAAACGAUCACCUUUACUUUGUCGUCCAACAUUUUCCUAGCACAUAUCAUUCAAAGUGAAGUCGGCACCUUUAGAUUCGACCUCCCUCGUUAACAAGAGUCAUGUUUCUCUUGUGCUGACAUUUUGCUCCACAUUCCACUAUCAAAAGGUCAAUGGAGGAGUCCUGGAGGUCCUACUUAAUGAGGGAAGACUGAUUUCCCUCGUGGAGCUGUGGUUUUGUUGCCACAUUAUUUCUCUUUGAAGCAAUUUAGGUCUCCAGUGAGCUCAAUGACAUUGACUAAAUGGUUAUGUCCAGUAUCUUUCCGCUAAAUACCGCACUAUAACAAAACAUCAUCACCCAUCCAGUUCCUUAUGGACUCCUUAAGCAGGAAAAGACAACGUGUACAGCUUGACCGAGGUGGACUUGUUGGACUAGCUUAACAGCACCUUACUGCUUGCCUUUAAUUUGGGACUUAUUAAAUGGACUAAUACAAGUUGGAAGCCAGAAAGCACCUUCACAGCCACGUCCAUCUUAACUGUGGAGCCUGAUUUGGGACGUUUGAAGGGUGCAGAUAAACACAGUGGAGAUUGAUUUCUUGAAAACAGACACAGAGGGACCAGACCACGGAUUCCACAAAAGAACCACAAUAUCCACAAUGCACGCGUACGGACAAUAUAAUCAAGCAAAAAAAAAAUCCAAUUGGCAGUUGUUAAGUUUAACCCAGCACAGACACAGGCACGAGGAAACCACAAGGUUAAAUUCUGUCCUGAGCAAGUGGUUUACAUGCCAUUUUUAUGUGUAACAGCUCAUUAAACAUUUAUUUUCAUUUUUCAUUUAUUUUCAUUUUAUUUCUUGGGAAUUUUCUGCAAUUCAAAGAUCCCACCUUACAUUCAUUAAGUUAAAUGAAUGAUAAUUUUUUUGUUGAAAAGGUUUGAAAGAGGUAUUAAUUCAACGGUAUGAUCAUCUUGAAGCAUGUUGUUUGUGGUGCUGUUAAAUUCUAUUACAUUAUAAAGAGAGGUGCUUUGUUUUCUUACUCUGCCCUUGAUAGCCACUACAAUUGCUAUAAAUGGGUUUGAGAUAUUAGAAAAACAUCUCAGUAUUAUGCAAAGUAAUUCAACAGUACCACAAACUUCAGCCUCCAAAAAAACCACGAAGUUGAAUCAACAGCUCUCUAAAUAAGCUCCAAAACUAAAUGUGGGUCUUACAACCUUCAGGAAAUGUUACGUGCCCGUGAAAACAAGCAACACUUUUGUCUUGCCAAUUGAGAUGCACAUAUGUGACUAAGUGCAAACAGAAUUGUUUCAAAUCUCAUCUGGAUUUUAUCUUGAUACAAGACACUUGAAAUGGCUCAUGUGAAUGGGGUUAAACUCUAUCACAUUGGACACAACACUACUGCUACGGUAAUGAGACAAGCUGUGAUGUCAUGCAGGUGUUUGCCAUCACCCAAUUAAAGACAGAACACCUAUUGUGACAUCACUGUUUGGGGUAAGGCCAACAUGCUUUUUAAGGUUUAAAGUCAUCUUUUUUGUGUAGUUCUGUGUUAAUUUCCUUUUUUUAAGAUGAUGUUUUGGGCAUUUUAGGCCUUAUUUAUAUACGGCUGAAGACACGAAAGGGGAGAGAGAGGAGGAAUGACAUGCAGCAAAGGGGCGUAGGGCAGAGUCGAGGAGUCAACCUCCUUACAUGGGCUCCUGUUCUACCAGGUGAGCUGCCCAGGCGCUGGUUAAUUUACCUUUUGGGUAGGCCGUUAUUUUACUGUUACAUUAGUGUUUUCACUCAAGAUGUCAGGCCAGUGGCUGACGUUCAUUUUUAAAGCCAAGGAAAAUCAGAGACAGUGAAUCAUCCUGUUACAUAAAAAAAUGGUAUUUAAAGACUUUUUCAAGGAACAUCAAAAAUCAUGUGUGUUGGCAGGCGAUUUGUCUGGUUGAUUGAUUAUACCUGUAAUCUACCAGUAGAUUCCAAUAAGAACUACGUAUUCGUAUGAGAUUAGUGAAGGACCAAAUAUAUUCAUCUGUUUAAUGUUUUGUGAGCCACAUCAACCUACAUAUUGUCAUUAAGGCACUGACAUGGACUUUCAGCAUUGUUAGCAAUUAAAUGUACCUUACCUACCUUAAGCACCUGGAUGGCUUGGUGUACAUCUGUAUUUUUAUACACUCUUUUUUUUUUUUUUAGAAUCUUUAUUCAAACUGUUUUUUCCUUUCAUAUGAUUAGCAUUUUCUUUUUGAACCCUUUUUGGCCCCUAAACUGCUACACAAUCCUAAAUGAUUGCCCUUGUUGACCCUUACCCUCUGUUUUAUUCCUUUUUUUUUAAUUAAUGUAUCCAAUGCCUUUCCCCCUGCAGUUCAUAAUUACAGUGAGGAAACUGU